CUUUCUUCACCCCCCUAUACACCCAUCUCUUAAUUAACUCUCCCAAAAUGCCACAAAUCUUGCCGGAUUUCUUAUCUUCCGUCAAGCUAAAAUAUGUUAAACUUGGUUAUACAUACCUAGUUAACCACUUCUUAACAUUGGUAUUCGUCCCAAUUAUCGCAACCAUUCUAGUCCAACUCCUUCGAGUUGGACCAGAUGAAAUUAUAAACACGGUUAAGUCACUACAUCUCGACCUUAUUCAAGUCCUUUCUUCCGUGUUUAUAAUAAUAUUCAUUUCCACGGUUUACUUCAUGUCUAAACCUCGAUCCGUUUACCUCGUUGAUUACUCGUGCUAUAAGGCUCCCAUCACGUGUCGUGUACCGUUCUCUACGUUCAUGGAACACUCUAGGUUAAUCCUUAAAGAUAACCCUAAAAGUGUUGAAUUCCAAAUGAGGAUCUUAGAACGUUCGGGUUUAGGUGAAGAGACGAGUUUACCCCCGGCUAUUCAUUACAUCCCUCCUAAACCAAACAUGGAGGCUGCUAGAGGUGAGGCAGAGCUAGUAAUCUUUUCCGCAAUUGAUUCUUUGUUUGCUAAAACAUCUUUGAAACCCAAAGAUAUAGAUAUAUUAAUUGUGAAUUGUAGUUUGUUUUCUCCAACUCCUUCUUUAUCUGCAAUGGUGGUGAACAAGUAUAAAUUGAGGAGUAAUAUCAAGAGUUACAAUUUAUCUGGGAUGGGAUGUAGUGCGGGUUUAAUUUCUAUUGAUCUAGCUCGAGAUUUGCUUCAGGUGAUUCCUAAUUCUAAUGCUAUUGUUGUAAGUACCGAAAUUAUCACACCGAAUUAUUACCAAGGGAAUGAGAGAGCUAUGUUGCUCCCAAACUGUCUGUUCAGAAUGGGAGCUGCGGCGCUUUUGUUGUCAAACAAGCGCCGUGAGAGCGGACGAGCUAAGUAUAAGCUCGUCCAUGUCGUCCGAACACAUAAAGGUUCAGACGACAGAGCAUUUAAAUGUGUGUAUGAGCAAGAAGAUCCACAAGGACUAGUGGGGAUCAAUUUGUCAAAAGAUCUCAUGGUAAUUGCAGGGGAGGCACUUAAAUCAAACAUCACUACAAUCGGCCCAUUAGUCUUGCCAGCAUCCGAACAGCUUCUUUUCUUAUUCACCCUCAUAGGCCGAAAAAUAUUCAACUCAAAAUGGAAACCUUACAUUCCUGACUUCAAACAAGCGUUUGAGCACUUUUGCAUACAUGCUGGAGGCAGAGCGGUGAUAGACGAGCUCCAGAAGAAUCUCCAAUUGUCAGCAGAACAUGUCGAGGCUUCAAGAAUGACUUUACAUCGGUUUGGCAACACUUCGUCUUCAUCUUUGUGGUACGAGCUAAGUUACAUAGAAUCAAAAGGGCGGAUGAAAAAGGGUGAUAGGAUUUGGCAAAUAGCUUUCGGAAGUGGUUUUAAAUGUAACAGCGCAGUUUGGAAAUGUAACCGGACAAUCAAAACUCCUGUCCAAGGUCCAUGGGAGGAUUGCAUUGACCGAUAUCCUGUGCACAUUCCAGAGGUCGUGAAGCUGUGAAUUUACACUAUUAAAAUUAAAAGAAAAAAAAGAAAAGACACUAAUAAAACACAUUACAAAAUUAUUGUUUGUUUCUUAGAUAAUUCUCUACUUCUCUGUUUUUCUUUUCUUUUUUUUUCUUUUGUUUUCCACAUAUUUCUACAGAAUCAAGAAUUCUGGAACUGUAAAACACGAUUAAUUAAUGUCUUAUAUAUGUAAUUGUAAACUUCUAUCCUAUAUGCUGUGUAUCAUAUAUCAAUACAUUAGUAUAUAUACUCUUUUUCUUAGAAAA